CAGCAAGGCGGACAACACGCCUACAAGAGAUCGCGACGCUGUGGCGCCAAAGACGUGUUGGCAACUCAUAGUCGUUUUGAUAUGUUGUCUAAGUGCUCCUCGAUAAUUGGAUCACCGCUACAGGUACUACGAAGAGUAGGCUGUCGUUCGCAGUACUUCGUGCAGGAGUGACGUGCUGGGAAGCCACUCUACCGAGCAGCAGGAGCUCCAUUCGUCUCCGCGGUCUUCAGAGAAAGAAGCAGCCGACGACAUCCGUGGCCGGCUACGAUGGAGGCGAGGAUCAAAGAAGCGCUAAAAACGAAGAAACUCCGCGCUACUGGCCGCGGAGGCAGUGGCUGCAUCAACGAAGGCGAAGCGUUCGAGACCGACGAUGGUGAAGUGUUUAUUAAGAGAAACUCCAAGCCACAGGCACGGACGAUGUUCGAUGGCGAGUACGCGGCCUUGAAGGCUAUCCUGGAGACGGAGACCGUGAAAGUACCGAAGCCGUACGUCGUGGUUGACAACCCUUCCGGCGGUGCGGCCCUGGUUAUGGAGAGCGUGCGGAUGCGCCAAUUGAGCCGCCACUCGGAGCUCCUGGGCAAGCAGCUGGCAAGCAUGCAUUUGCACAACAGCCGCAAACGGGACGAGGGAAGCUCGGUACACGGCUCCCGGAAUGAGUCUGGCUACGUGGACCAGUUUGGCUUUGACGUCACCACCUGCUGUGGGUACCUGCCACUGGAUAAUAGCUGGCAUGAUGACUGGGUGGAAUUCUUUUGCCGGCAGCGUAUUGACGCCCAAGUGAGAAUGGCCCAGGAAAAGUACCACGACCGCGAGGCUCCGGAACUGUGGUCUCUGCUGGUUCACAAGGUGCCGUCCUUCUUUGAGGGCCUGGAAAUUGAGCCUGCCCUCAUUCACGGUGACCUCUGGGGCGGAAAUGUGGCUGAGUACGAGGACGGACCGAUUAUAUUUGAUCCAGCAUCGUAUUACGGGCACGCGGAGUUUGAGCUGUCCAUAGCGAAGCUGUUUGGAGGCUUUGACGGCAAAUUCUACUCGGCGUACUUCAAGGUUAUACCCAAGGCGGCGGGCUUUGAGAAGAGGCUCGACUUCUACCAUCUCUUCCACUACCUCAACCACUGGAACCAUUUUGGUGGUGGCUACCGCAGCUCUUCUCUUUCCACGAUGCGGCGGCUCCUGAAGUGAGAACUUGCAUUGUGAAGGCGACGGCAUCGCUCUACGCCAAAGUGUCACGGGCAAUGCCUCCUGUCGUUCGUCGUCAUUGUGGCCACUGAUGUUGUUACCGUUGUGAUUGUCGCAUUGUUGUCGGCCUAUGUCGUGCCUGUGCUUGUUGAAUGUUGCUAUACCAGUGUCUUUCCGGUGGAUGCGCCACAACUGUAUGAACGACUCUGGGUGGCAUGCUAAAAAAACGGAAACUGUAGUGAAGAGUAUGCGGACCAAACAAAGAUCUGAUGAUGCAGCUAAAUUCUUGCAUGCUUGCAGGCACAUACAGAUUUGUUGCAAAAUUUCAACUCUUUAGAGGGCCUUUUUACGAUUGUUAUAACGAUGUUACAAACAUUAAAAAUUGUUUUAGUGUUGUUCACUUCAGGAAAAGUAGGAACUUUGGGAUUGCAAAUACUGGGGCCGAUCAUUUCAGACCUGCUCUCUCGUUCAGCCCCACCCGCAUCCACAUCCACUUCGAACAAACAAUAUGUUACGAAUUCCAAAGUUCUGGCCAUUGUCACACAAACUAUUCCCAUCAUUUCCAAAUAUCAUUGAUUGAUAUGUGGGGUUUAACAAGUCCCAAAACCAUCAUAUGAUUAUGAGAGACGCCGUAGUGGAGGGAUCCGGAAAUUUCGACCACUUGGGGUUCUUUAAUGCGCGCCCAGAUCUGCGCACAUGGGCCUACAGAAUUUUCGCCUCCAUCGAAAAUGCAGCCGCCGCAGCUAGGAUUAGAUCCCGCUACCUGUGGGUCAGCAGCCAAGUACAUUAGACACUAGGCCGUCCGGCGGGGCAAUUUUUCAAACAGCGUAGCAACGUUCUUGUUGGUACCUGUCAGCUUACUGUUCUUACAGAAUGAAAAGAGUAUUUUUGUCAUGGAACACUCUUCAUUUCGAGCGACAAAACAGUAUGUACUAUCUUUAAUUUUUUGGAAAAUCUUAGUGUACUUUAUUUUAAUUCUUGAUCAAUUGUUUCAAGUGUUACAGUUGAAAAAAUGUCCUCAUACCUUUGUGCCAGUGGGAGACAUGCAUAACAUAAUGUGGAAAAUUGGGUUUCCAGUUUCCGUGAAACAAUUAUCAAUACGUUUACCUUUCUGCGUGCGUUUAGUUUGCACGUCUGCAAACUCGUGCAGGAGACAGCAACUCUUACAAAAAAGAAGCUGGCAUGAAUGGUGUUUACCGAAGGCAUACUGAGUCAUGCAGAUUCGUUUUUCAAAGCAUUUCAUCGCAGGCUUGUGAUUGCUCACAUGUCGAAUGUAUGUCUACAUUUUGUAGUCCUAGUCUUAUUUUUCAAUAACUUGUUUUUCUGUAAUCUUCGUUUAUGGCACCUGUCAUCAUGAGGCUCUAAGGGUAUUCAACGUAGUGUAACAUUUAUGUUUCCAACUGGCUACACCGUAACAUUGUUCUUGGUUGCAUAACUGGUUCUCUGUUGAGGCAGAGUAAAAGAGAAACAGAGCUGUGAAAUCAAUAAAUUGCACAUAAUGCUGCUGUAUUACACCACAGCUCUUGCAAGUACUGCUGUCAUUCUUCUUGGGAAUGCAACAAUGAAACCAUUAUCUUACGAUUUGUUUUGAACCUAUCCAAGACGUGUCUUACAACAGUACACAUUAACACAAGGAGCAUUAAAUGACAGUUUCAAGACACCUUUUGUUUUUUUUCUGGCACCCAAAAUUUCAACAACAUUGUUAUAUAUUUUUGCAAGAAUGGUGAAAAUAUGAGGCAAGCAGUAAUUAAGACAAGCAAUCAAAGUACAAUGGGCAUUACUUGCAUUUUUUUCAUUCAGUUGUAUUAAUUAUAUGACAAAGGCAAAUGAAAGAAAACAAAAGGAAAAAACUUAACGAACCCACAAUGUUCACAUUAUCUGUCAUGUGCACUGCCAAUUGUGCUGUGGCGGCAGCCAUCCUUUCCUCCAUUUUGUUGAGUGUUCGUACAUAUAUGUAACCGUGUGAAUUUCAGCUAGCGCCAGUAGAUUCCAUUGGCAGUGAAUGUAUAGCAUCCUGUAUUGCCAGAUGGCAUCGAGCAGUGUAUCAACUUCGGAACUUAUACUGGUGUAACAUGAGCACUUUCGAUUGCAAUCACAACCGAUCUGGAUUAGGUUGAGUCAAGGUCAUAUGCUGCCACAUAGUCACUUUUAAUUACGGUCAGGCCUGAUUGGGAGCGAGGCAAUCACAACCUGUGCAUAUAAUCUUGCUCCUAAAUUGCCAGUCGACUGACGUCUGUGCCGAACUCGAUACAGAUUGCUUUUUUUAACCAUGUGGCAGUGAUUGUCGGUGAUGGUGAUUAAGAAAUCCGAUCGUAUCGGCCCUGAUCACAAUCAAGAAUGCCCUCGCGACACUGGUUUUUAUGGUGCCUAAAUAUUUUUACAAGUUUCAUCGCCUGUGGCAUCAGCUCCAAGGACUAAGUUUUUAUGUGCAGACCUUUUCUUGGAUCAGCGCGAAACACCUCGUCUUUCUUUUGUGCAUGUCCUUGGAAUGCAUUUUAGUCCUAAGCUCUUGAUAAACACUAACACUACUGGCCCUCCCUCCGGCGAGUGUCUAGUGAAAAAAAGGUUGGUUGAUAGGGCAGAACCUGGCAUAGGUGGUACUUUUAAGGCCUCUGUGUCAAUUUCGUCUUGCCGUUAGUACAGCCAGCAUGCAUUGUGUGGCCAUGGAAUGUUAUUGAUCUCAAACAAGUGAUCACUUGAGGACUUGGACAGAGGUGCAUCUGCAUGGUUGUGUGUCUGCAUUCCACUUUAAAAUGCCUUCAAGUUUGGUGUUGCAGAGCAGCCGUCCAUGCUGUUGACGCUGAAGUCGUCGUUGUCAGUUGUGAUUGUUGCUUUUGUUUGUUGACCUGUUACCAGUCGUUUUGCUGACAAAUAUUUGUAAAAAUUGCUGAGUGCAAUUACCUGGUGGUCAUUAUAACUGUAGUACAUAGUUUCAUAUACUUCGGCAGCAAAAUUGUAAGGCAACAGCUAAAGACAACCUUGCAUGACACAAGUGUUGAAUGUUGUUUCUCAAGUUCUAUGACUUGAACAAAAUUUCGUUAAUAGGUAUCUAGCACUACAUGUCGUAACUCCAGGCUAUUCAGAAUAAGCUGCCAUUGUGUAGAAGUAGAGAAUUGUUUAUAUCUAAAGCCAUAAUAUAUGGAAGUUCUUAUGUGUUUUUUUUUUCUUGCUGUUGAAUUGGUGUUUAUUACUAUUGUGAAUAAAGCUGGCAAUAUAAAAUGCAUUUCUGGAUAGCAAAGCUAGCUUUUGUAGAAAUUGCAUUGAGAGGCACACAUCUCCAAUAUUCAAAAUCGCACUAUUGGCUGGGCAGGGAACUUUUUACGCAGUUCGGAUUGCUUUAAACUUUAAGGCAACGAAAAAAGAAUGGUCAGGCUACAUUAAUGUGUGCAGAAAGUGAUGCCUUUAAUUUUGCUUUGGCUUCUGUGUACAAGAAAUUAGAAAAUAAUAAAUGUACACAAAAAUACUGUUAGCAUGUACCUGACUAUAGAAUAUAAUUUUGAGACAGUAUCUUUGUAUAAAUGUUUCAGGAAAAUAAAUGUCACUGUGCACUUGUGCA